CUUAGCACGUGAGGUGAUUGCGCAAUGACGUAAAAAGCCGGUGCCUUAAAGCGGUGUGACCUUCUCACGUUCGCCAGAAAGCGCUGCUCAGUGACAGAGUUGGAUCUGUUCUGUUCCGAGAGAUUUUUUUUACCGGCACGUUUUAGCCGAAAGAGCUCAUCAUGGGUGAUGUUGAGAAAGGAAAGAAGGUUUUUGUCCAGAAGUGUGCUCAAUGCCACACCGUGGAGGCGGGCGGCAAGCACAAGGUGGGCCCCAACCUGCACGGUAUUUUCGGACGCAAGACUGGACAGGCGGAGGGCUACUCCUACACAGAUGCUAACAAAAGCAAAGGCAUCGUCUGGAGUGACGACACCCUCAUGGAGUACCUAGAGAACCCCAAGAAGUACAUCCCUGGCACCAAAAUGAUCUUUGCUGGCAUCAAGAAGAAGGGAGAGCGCCAGGAUCUUGUCGCUUACCUCAAGUCAUCCACAUCGUGAAAAUGUUGAAGAGAGACAAAACAAAGAUGAGAAUAUUUAAUGUAUUCGUUUAGGUUAUUUUCAGCUCCAUAUGUGUUCAGUAUCUGGUUUUAUGUUUAGUCAUUUGUACAGAAGGUGUAUUUAUUUCGUACAUGUUGGGCGAAGAACGGUUCCAGGACGUUGUACAAGUGACCAAACGUAACACUGCAGCACUUAUUAUUUGUGGAUCUGUCCUAAUAAAUGCUAAUCUCAUUUAAACGUUACUUGCCAUGAUAGGUGGCCUGACCUGUCAUUCAUUCUGUUCUCCAUGACAAAGGUUCAUUUUUACUAUUGUAAAUGAUAAAAGUCAGCAAAUAUCAGUUAAUAAUAAAUUGGAGAAAUGUUGGGACAUCUGGUGGGGAUUUUGUUGUGGAGUGGAGUUUCUGAGUGAAGCUUUCACCUGAUAUGAGCGCUCUUAAAUUUCCACAUGCUGAACUCAGACAAUACCUUCUUUUUGUGUUUUGUUACAACUGAAGAGCCCUUCCUCUCUGAGCUCUUGUUUUAACUCCUGCCUGGCAUCGAAUUUGAUGUUCGUCAAGGAGACGAAUCAUGCUAAGGGUCACACGUUUGUUAUCUGCCUCUUCACAGCGAAGAAUUGU